CUACUGCUUUUUGAAGGCCAGUCAAAACCCUUGGCCAGCACCCACAGCCUGCAAAUAAGUGAUAAGGAUAAACUGGAAGAGGUGAAAGUGGCUGCAGUCAGAGGCUUGAGACAUGGGCAGUUGGUGGUGCUUGGGGCACCUGCUGGGUGCAAGUAUUUCACACCAGUGGCCCUGGCAGCAGGGCAAGUGGUGUAUCUGCACGAUGGCAGCAACACCUACAGUGAUAACAUCAUCUUCCGGAUGGAGGAUGGGCACCACCAGGUGAAAUUCCUCUUCCCCCUCACCAUUAUACCUGUUGACAAUGAGCCACCAGUAGUCAUUGCCAACAUGAGACUAUCACUAGCCGAAGGACAGGUGGUCCAGAUCUCCCCCUUUGCCCUAAGUGCUAAAGAUAUUGACUCUGAGGACUCAACCAGCAGCUUUGUGCUGGAGAAUCAGUCUAUGGAAGUAGAAGAGGGAGGAAGUGGUUGGGAGCAGGCCACUGGUUCUUCCCACUUAAGCCAGCAUCGGAGGGAGAUGCUGUUGCAGCAGGCUGAACCACCUCUGUCUCCCAUAGAUGAAGAGUGGCAUUAUGUGGAAAAGAAAGGACUUUAUGAGAAGGUGGUGACUGAGUGGCUACAGCGAGAUAUAACAGAAGGGAGACUCUUCUACCGCCAUCUUGGACCCCACAGCCCUCAAUCUGUAGCAACCCACCUGACUUUCCAUGUGCAAAACGACUACGACCCACCCAAUCUAUCCAACCAGCACCUUUUCAUUAUCAAGGUUCAGCCAGUAGACCUGCUGAGUCCAGAGCUAUAUCCUGGAACUACUCUAAAAAUGAAUGCGCAAGAAUACCAACUCACUCACUUGCAGAAGAAAUUCCUCCAAUACACUGACCAAGAUUCAGAUGACCAGAACCUGUGGUACACCCUACUGACACCUCCAACUGACACAAAUGACAACCACUAAGUCCCAUUUGGAGAAAUUGUGUUCACUGAUGCACCAGACACACCCAUUGUGCACUUUACCCAAGCCCAGUUAAAUCACCAAAAAGUUGCCUACCAGCCUCCCCAGACAAAGCGGGAUAUUGCACUCCGGGUUGUGCAAUUCACCUACCAGGUGGAGGAUGUUGCAGGCAAUAGUGUACCAGGAACAUUCACAUUAUUCCUGCAGCCUUUGAACAACCAGCCUCCACAAGUCACUAACAGAGGCUUUACUGUCUUGAAGGGAAGCAGCUUUAUCCUCAGCAGUAAUGAGCUGGAUGUUACAGAUCCUGACACAGAUGCUGACCAGACCAUCUUCAUGUUAAUCUGGGGUCCCCAACAUGGACACUUGCAGUACUUGAAAAAACAUAUGGUUCCAGGAGAAUCAUUUAUAAGAGCUGGUAUUGUUAAUGGAAGUGUCUCUUAUCAGCAUGGCAGAGACCAGACUACAAGUGAUAACUUCGAGCUAGAGGUAAGUGACAGGGUACUCCAUGUACACAUCACUGUCCAGAUUUCUGUGCAUCCCACUGCUAACAGAAGUCCUAGGAUCUCUAUCACAGGUAGUCCAUUAUUGGAUGUCUCCAUAGAUGUACUAGAGAAUAGAGCCACUGAGAUCACCAUGGACAUCAUCCAUGACAAAAACAAGGGCACAAGUGACUCAAUGCUGACUCUUAUUUUAGAGGACAGCCCCAAAAUGGGCACCAUUCUGGUGAAUGGUGUGCCCAUGGAACAAUUCACCCAAGAGGAUCUCGUUAGUGGGGCAGUAGCCUAUGUCCACACUGGAGGUGAAGUUGGCUUCCAAAAACAGCAUGAUACCUUUAACCUCACCUCCUGCAAGGAUUUUUAUCAAUGGGUGGUGGGGGACAGCAUACAGAAGAGGGUGCAGGUGCAAGUGACUGUGCUGCUUGUGGACAAUGUGGCCCCCAAGGUCUCAGUGGGGCAGUCCUACAUUGUCUAUGAAGGUGGAAAGAGCCCCUUGACCUUGCAGCAUCUCAGCAUUGAAGAUGUGGACACUCCCCAAGAUAAAAUCUUAGGCACAAUCAUUGAUCAGCCAGUCUCUGGCUACCUGGAAAACACUGCACCAGCUCGCUCAGGAGUAUCAAGGAUGGGUAGCUCCAUCAGCACUUUCUCCAUCAGAGAUGUCCAAGUAAGGCAUAUCAAUUAUGUACAGAGUAUUCACAACUUAGAUGGACUCUUCCCUGAGGUGGUGAGUAAAGGGGUUCCCUUGAAAGAAGGUGGCAGAGUGACCCCCACCACACAUCUGCUUAGCACCAGUGACAUCAACAGCCCCAAUGAACAGCUUCGUUUGAGCAACACACAGGCUCCUAGCCAGGGCCACUUGGAAAGCUCUGACCGUUCAGGGAAAUCCAUUGUCUCUCUCACUCAGCUUCAACUGGCUGGCAACAAAAUAUUCUAUGUCCACACUUCAAAUGAUGAGAUGAAGAUGGACAGCUUCAAGUUUCACAUGACUGAUGGACAUAACACUGUUUUCAGAACCUUCAGGAUCUUCAUCAUGGAUGUGGAUAAUAAGAAACCUAUCUUGACCAUCCACAAACUAGUACUACAGAAAGGGGAUAGCAAACCGAUCACUCCUUUUGAAUUGACAGCUGAGGACAAGGAUACCCCAGAUGAUCUUCUUCUCUUUACCAUCAUCCAGGUCCCUAUCCAUGAUAGAAUUUUGUAUAAUGGCAGCCAUCCUGUUACCACCUUUACCAAACAGCACCUGAACAAGAACCUGAUCAGCUACUGGCAUGAUGGCAGUGAGACCAAUGAAAACAGUUUCUCCUUGAUUGUGAGAGAUGGCAAUCACACUGACUUCUAUGUCUUCCCAGACACUGCCUUGGAGACAUGCAAACCUCAGGUAAUGUGGAUCCAGAUAGGCUCCCUAAACAACAAGCUCCCCCAGAUUGUCAUUAACAGAGGUGCCCUAGCCUUGAAGCACCUUCAUUCUGGGCACAUGAGCUUCCUGAUUACCAGCAAGUCUCUGAAGGCAGAGGAUAAGGAUACAUCCCACAGGCUCCUGAAGUAUAAAGUGACCAGAGGACCAGAGCACGGCUUCAUUGUCAACACUGGCCUUGAAAAUAAAAACACACAAACGUUUACUCAAGGAGGAAACAAACUAACAAAUCAAUGCUUCCAUCUAAACUGGGCUUGGAUGUCUUUGGAGAAACAAUACUACGUUGUGGAUGAAGACGCCACAUUCUUGGAAGUGAGUCUCACACGCAGAGGAAACCUUGCAGAAACAUCCUUUAUCAACAUUGGAACAAAAGAUGAAACAGCAGAAAAAGUUAAAGAUUUUAAACGAAAGUCCUGGAAAUUGGUCCAGUUCAAUCCUGGACGGACUACAGCUACAUGGAGGGUGAGAAUUAUAUCUGACAAUGAAUACGAGGCUUCAGAGACCUUCCAGAUCAUUUUGUCGGACCCUGUCAUGGCUGCACUGGAGUUUCCAGAAACAGCAACAGUUGAAAUUGUUGGCCCUGGAGACAAAUCAACAGUUUAUAUUCCAGGGGCAGAAUACAAAAUAGAGGAGGAUGUUGGGGAGGUUUUGAUUCCUGUGAGACGGUCUGGAGAUGCAAGCCAGGAACUAAUGGUCAUUUGCUCUUCACAUCAAGGUUCUGCCACAGGCACAAUUCCCUCCGCAGUCUUGUCUUUCCCUGACUACGUCUCACGUCCAGAAGACCACACCAGCAUCCUCCGCUUUGAUUAGGAUAAGACUGAGAAGACCUGCCAGGUCGUAAUCCUUGAUGACUCCCUUUAUGAAGAGGAGGACUCCUUCAGGGUCUCACUGAGCCUGCCAGUGGGAGGGCAACUGGGAGCCAAAUUCCCCACCACUACAGUGAUUAUCCUGGCGGAUCGUGAGGAUGAGCCUACCCUGUACUUCAGGGAUGCUGAAUAUCACGUCCCUGAAAGUGCUGGCUACCUGGAGGUUUGUGUCUGGAGGACAGGUCCUGACCUUUCCCAAGCAGCCUCAGUCACUGUGCACUCCAGGAAGACACAGCCAGACUCAGCAGAAGCUGGAAUAGAUUACGUUGGCAUCAACCAAAAUCUGGACUUUGCUCCUGGGGUGCACAUGCAAAUAUUCCAAGUGACAAUCCUUGAUGAUGUAGCACAGCCCGUCCUGGAGGGUCCAGAGAGGUUUGAAUUACUUCUGCAGAUGCCUGUGGGUGCAGUACUUGGAGAACCAAAUAAAAGCACCAUUUUCAUCAAUGACGCCUUCACUGACUGCUUGCAUACCCAGGGCCCAAUGUAAGAAGCCAUUUACAGGGUGAAUGAAAAAGACAAGCAGCUAAGGGCAGUCAUUUACCGGAGGGGAGCCAUUAGCUGGGGGUCCUCAGUGCACUGCUGUGCCCACCAAAGCUCAGCUCAGGUUACAAUGGACUAUGAGGAGCGGCCCAACUCUAAUGACUUCACAAUUGGUUUUCUGGCGGGAGAAACAGAAAAGGUCUGUGUAGGUCAACUGAGCAGAUGAUGCAAUGAAUUCAGACUUCUACCUGGCACACCAAAAAUCAACACUGCUUUUGGAGCAUCUUUUGGGGAACCCAAGAAGGCCCUUAUCAGGAUCAAAGAUGAGGAAGACAGUGAGAUUUUACUUACUUUCUAG